AUGGAGGUAGUGGUGGAAGCUACUGAAACGAACAAGACAGAGACGGCAACGGUGCAGCAGGCAGCAGUGGUAACCACCCAACCAGACCCCAAUGUAGAGGUAAACAACGAAAGUGGAGUAAGUGAGGGUACUAAAGGUAUAGAGGAGGGAGGAGUGGAGAAACAAAACCAUAACCCAUCUGAACCAAAAAUUGCAGGGGCGAGCUCUAACCCUAAGGAGCCGCAAACAUGGGGUAAGAAAGCACUGAGUAAAAUUAGUAAUGGCUUGGGGACACCAAUCUAUGCUGAUGAUUACACUUCAAAUGUAGCUAGAGUGUCAUAUGCACAAGUAUUGGUGGACAUGGAUGUUACUAAACCACCACCAAAGCAAAUCCAAGUUAAAAUACCACGGGAGGGACUUAUUGAUCAGGUGAUAGAGUACGAUUCGGAACCUAAAAUUUGUGAAAAGUGCAUUCAAAUAGGUCAUAACUGUGCUACUAAAACACAAGCAGUACCCGUAGCAAAACCAACACGUCCAGUGGCUCCAGUGCAUAAAGCUAGAUAA